AAUUUGAGUUUGACAUGUAAAAUUCAGAGAAGCAGAAAAAGAAAGCAUAAUGUCUGUUUUCAUCAAAUAAAAACAUUAAAUUAAGUUUUGAUGAUUUCUCUUUAGAAUUGAUAGUUUCAUCAAACACAGAAACAAUUUUUAGAAUUUCUUUGUGUACAACAUAAGAAAGAAUUAUGGAUUCGUGCUUGGGAGUAGAACAGGAUUUAGACAAAGCCACAUCAAAAUUUAAUGCUUUAAAUGAGCAUACUAACAAGGUAUUAGAAGAGAUCAUCAGUCAAGUAGAGGAUUUAAAAAACGAAAUAUCUAAACAGCCUCCGGACAGUCCCUUGACGCAGACACAAUCAAUGAUCCUGAGUGAUUUGGCAGCUAAUGUGAAACAGACCGUUUUUCAAACGUCAACAGAACAUCGUGAAUUGCAUGCAACAGUUUCUCGUGUGGGCAAAUCAAUUGACCGACACUUCAUUGCCGACUAUGCUUCAGUUGCUCCAAAAGCCGAGUCCUUUUCGACUGAUGCAAACAGACCUAUUAUGGAGCAGGCUAUUGCUCAGCAUUUGUAUAGACAGGGUUUAGAGGAGGUGGGCGACGUGUUCGUAUCUGAGGCGGGUUUGAUGUGCGUGGAGCGGACAUGCGCGUUCGCAUUACUUCAGCGGUGCGCCAGUGCUUUGGCCGCUGGAGAUCCUGAGCCUGCGCUUGCCUGGGUGCAGCGCCGCGCGCACCAGCUCACACACUCACCGCUGCCAUUCGCAUUGCACACCGUGCAGACACUCAAGGUGGGUCGCGAGCAAGGUGUGGGUGCGGCCAUAGAGUACGCGAGGCAACAGUUUCCUGCGCACGCGGCGCGACACGAGCGCCAGCUGGCGGCGGCGGUGUGCGCACUGGCCUGGCUGACACCUGGCGCCAGCAACCCCCCACCACAGUACCAGCGGCUGCUCGACCCCCGCGCACUAGGUAGCGAGGCGGCGGAGCUGUUUGUGCGCGAGGCGUGCGCGUUGCUGCGGCUGGCUCCGCUGUCACCGUUAGCUGGUGCAGUGAGUGCGGGCGCGCGCGUGUUGCCCGCACUGCACGACAUUCGCAACAAGAUGUGCCAGCAACAUGUCGCCGCAGCCUGGGCUGAUGAUGAACUACCUUUAGAGGUGGAGCUUGGUGCGGAAGGUGGCGGCUAUCAUUCAGUGUUCGCGUGCCCCAUCCUGCGUCAGCAGGCUUCAGAGCAGAAUCCGCCGAUGCGCCUGCUGUGUGGACAUGUCAUCUCACGUGAUGCUCUCAACAAGCUCGCUAUGGGUGUCAAAUUGAAAUGCCCGUAUUGCCCCAUGGAGCAAUCACCAUCUGAAGCACGACAAAUAUACUUUUCUUAAUCUUUUCAACGCACUUAUAUUGUAUAACUGUAGGACAUGAAGCACUUUGUUAAUGACACUGUAACAUAGAUUACACAUAACAUAUGUAACAUAGAGCGGACGUGUAAUCAUAAGUCUUUACCGCACUCAGAUACUUUAAAUGGUCACUAAGUGCGACCCUUAAUGUAUGAGAUGAAAACUAAUAGAUUAGAGUGCGUCAUAGACCUAUGUGGCAAUAAAAUUAGACAGUACGAUGUUAAAUUUUGUUUUAUAUUAUGUAGAUCGAAAGACUCGUGAUGAAAUGAU